AUGUACAAGUCACGAUUACGUGAACGCAAAGCCAAGCCAGCUGCACCAGCUGAGCCUGUGGCUACGGUCUCAAGUGCCAAAGUGAAACCAAAACAAAAACCAAAGACCGUUCGUUUCACUGCAACGCAAAAACCGAAGCGUGAAAAGAACAAGAAAGAUCGCAUUUCACGACGCGAUGCACCACGUGGUAAUCGCCGAUCACUCUCAUCGCCAAGUCGUGAUGGUAAUUUUCCAUAUGCCAGUUAUGGAUAUCCAGGUUUUGGUUUUCCACCAUACGGAUACUAUCCACAAUUCAAUCCUGUUGGAUAUGGUAUGGUUCCACAAUAUGCCAUGGGUGCCAUGGGUGCCAUGAAUGCACCACGUUUGAAGCUUGAACCAGAACGAAGCGAUUUGGAAUCGGCAUCAAAUGACGAUGAAUCCAAUGAUGACGAAGACUGGCCAGCUCCGGCGCCAGCGAAGCGCAUGUAUCGUUCGAAAUCUGUAAGCGAUCCUGCUCCAACGGUCAAGUCACGUGGUCGCCCUAAAUCAAAUGUUGCAUGGAAUGUGAAAGGUACGGCCAAUCACACUGUGGUUAGCGGCGCAUUGAAAGCGGCCAACACGAACAAGGCACCAGCAAAGCGGACAUUGAAUCGAUCUCAAUCAG